GUCGUAUAAGCCAGAUAUGAUACGCAAUUAUAACAAGUGAUCUGAAUCAAUUCAACUUUUAGCUGUACAAAAUGAGUUUCGUGUUGAUAGUUUUCCCUCUAAUCUGGACACCAGUUUUAUCAUUAUGUGGAAGCUAUGUUGGACCCGUAUGCUGUGCAGGGACAUAUUGGAAUGAUGAAACAUCAAGUUGUGAAAAAUGCCCGUUAGGGUACCAAGACAUUAACUGUUCCAGAGUAUGCACAUAUCCGACUUUUGGGAAAAGGUGUCAGGACUUAUGCGACUGCAAGCCUAGCGAAUGUGACUUUAGAUUUGGAUGUAAAAUAUUUCACGACAUUUCCCUCAAUAAAACGUUUACUUCAACAUCCCAGAUUUUAACAACGUCAAAGACAACAGAAACAUCUUCUGGGGAUGCUAUUUUCAUCCAAGGGUUUUCGAAUUCUAUAUUUUAUAUAAUAGUUGCGUUUGUCGUUCUAUUUGGAUUUUUUGUGGUAAUAUAUUUCUAUAAACAUUGUGUGAAGAGGACUGAGGUGUCUCACAGUAAAAAAGAGGAAAACUGUUCAAAUCAAGUUGCCGAGUAUGAAUCUUUAUUUCGGGAAAGCCACCAACAACCUCCGAUAGAAAAUGCUACUGAUCCGAUGUACCUGGAACCGGUAACGAAUGUCCAUUAUGAAGAAAUCAAAAACGUUAAUGAAACGGACGAUCAAAUGAUUGCUGGUGUUUUAACGGUCAAUGAAAGAAUCUAGUUUUACAGUGAGAAAAAUAACUCACAUGUUCAAGAUAUCUAUUCCUUUGUAACAAUGGUUAUAUACCAAUAAACUCAUCAUUGCACAUCUCAAAAUAUUGAAUCGACAGUUUUUUUAUACACUGUAUCUUUCUCAUUAAUGUAAUUAAGAUAUAGGAAAAAAACCCCGAAAAUAUGUGCUUCUUCUAUUGGAACCGUGUCAUUUACCAACAUUUUGACACAAGCAAAUCACUCUGGUAUGAAGAUUGUUUUUUUUUGAGCGGUCAACAAGGAAAAAGGGGUGGAACUUAAAACUCCAGUAUAAGACCUUAACGCUUGACUUCUUUGGAUGAUGAUCAAAUUUAAACAACUUUUUCCAAUGUCAUCAAAACGUCAGAAUUUUUUGCACCUCGACGUUUCACAAAUUUUAAAUUUGUUAUCCGCAUUUGAAAUGCAUCUAAAGUAUUUCUGCAUGUACUUUUAAUGCGUGGCUGUACAGCACAAAUAUUCAUCAUAUUGUUUCACCACAUGGAACUUUAAAUUCAAUUCCUUCUAGAAUCACAUUUGGUGCCAUAAUUAAAUCCAAAACAAGUACUUUGUAAAAAUAUCUAGCGGCGUAUUUCACUUCAAUAUACGUGUAGUAGAAUUAACAUUUCAACAGCCUGCUGUAUAAACCACCAUAAUAAUAUUA